AUGGAUCGAGGAUCGAGAGUGGAGGUAGUGCAGGUGCUUCCACUCCCUGUAGCUCUGCGUUCCGAGCAAGUGGUGACGGUGCGGGAGAACCUGCAACGUACCGGACUUGUCAAUCUCAGUGAUCUUGCAGUUGCUCGUGAGCCUUACAACGUGCAGUAUAGCCCCAACGCUCCCAAGGUGCACUCUUCUUUGGGAUCUUCGUCGUCAUCCUCUUCCUCUAUGCUCAGCGGAGCCAGACGUACGAUGCUUUCGUUGUCCAGCGGUGCUUCUUCCAGUGCAAUGCCGGUGUCUGGCGUGGUGCCUUCACAACUGGGCAGACAGAUUGAGCUACAGCAGGCGCAGUUUCUUGCCAAGCGAGGACGCGAAGAUCCAAUGCAGUGGGAACCUGAUACCAUUUGCGUAACCGCCAAAGAUGUGCGCAUGCGAGAUUCUAUUAUGGAGCAUGAGGCCUUUCAAGAAGAGAACAAAAAAGAUCGUAUCCGGCGGAGGAAGGAAGUCAGCCAGACGUGUAUUAUUUGUGGUGUUAACUGUGAAGAUGAAGGCACACUUCGGGUGGUGGAGGAUUUAUUAAAAAACAGUACUCGAAACAUGGGACGGCAUAUUCCAACGAUGGCGGAACUGCGUCACGCGUUAGGUGAUCUUCGACGAACACGGGAUGGGAAAUCGCAACGGCGCCUCACCUGUGCCCAACACUUUGUGGAUCUCCGCACACAUAGUGUACACGUUGUGCACUGUCGCUGCGCCCACCUUUGCGCGAGUUACCAGCGAGGUGCAGAGCUUGAAGACGUUGUCUUUUGUGAGUUACCUAUGCAGACAUGUGAGUUGUGUGGGAUGCCCGGGGCGAGUGUGGCUUGUUAUCACCCGGAUUGUCACGAGAAGUAUCAUACUGUGUGUGCCUUGUUUUCAGGAGGUUACGUUAAUUUUGGAAAGAAGGAUCCAUAUCUCCCGUGCCCGGCCUGUCCAAGACACACACAAGUCAUCGUGACGACAUCCGGCAAGGCGCCGUUGCUGAAUGGGAGAAGCACCUCUUGCUGGUGGGAAGAAGAUAAGGUGGUGUUUGACUCACGUGUGGUGGAGGAUACGGACUUGCGUGACCCGGAUGAGAAUGAAGGGGCAUAG